AUGGCCUUGCUGAAUGGCUUCAGCAGAGAGGAGUACCCAAACGGUGACUCCUACGAAGGCCAGUUUAAGCGUGGAGCUCGACACGGGCCUGGGACCUACUACUGUGCCGAUGGCGGUUACUACGAGGGGGAGUUCAACGAAGGGAUGAUGCAAGGGGCUGGGACGUUUUACUAUCCCGGCAGAGAGUGCUACACCGGCCAAUGGCUCAAGAGCAAGCGCGAUGGCUACGGCAAGUUCUCGUAUGACGACGGAGCCGAGUACGAGGGCCGCUGGGUUGCCGAUUUAAGGCAUGGCCAGGGUCUGAUGAAGUAUCCAGAUGGGUCCGCUUACAACGGCAGCUGGGUUGACGACAUGCGGCAUGGCCAGGGGCAGAUGAGCUUUGGCGAUGGAGCACAGUACAGUGGCGGUUGGCUAAAUGAUGCUCGCCAUGGUUUCGGUUCAUACAGGUUGCCCAACGGCAGCUGCUACGAUGGUGACUUCAAAGCGGACAUUCCGGAGGGCAAGGGUCGCCUUCAUGAUGCGGAUGAAGAAAGCGAUUACGUGGGAGAGUUCCAUGAAGGUUUGAGGUCUGGUCAAGGGAAGUGUACAUAUCAAACGACUGGAGAAAAAUUCUCUGGCGAAUGGAAGGGUGGCGUGCGAGUGCGCGGAGUUAUGUUCCUGGAGUCUGGAGAAGUCGAAAGGGUUGGCUACCUCAACGACAAGGUCGUGAGGCGAGAGAAGCUCAGCCCAGCAGAGCAGCAGCGCCUGGUGGCGGAAGAGACAGGGCAACCCUUGCAGAAGGAGUUGGCAUCUGACGAGCUCAUAGACGUCCUCCCUGUGGACCAGGUUGCAGCUCUUGGGCCUGGCCCUGCCGAAGCGAUCGCUGCGUGA